CGUGUCCUCGUGACCACUGACCCGGCAUAGCAUUGCGCCGACGCUGCUUGUCUCGGCGACGGUUCUAAACCCUAACUAGCCCCUCGGCCUGUGCGUCCUCCGCCACCGGCCGCUCCUCGAUCUACCUCUGCAGACUGCAGCCACCGCCGCUCUUGUCUCGGCGAGCUGCUCCAUGAGCCGGUCGGCGCCGGUGCCUGAAGUCGGUGAGGGUGAUCCAGCCGGGAACCGGCAUGUUACAUUUGACUCCUCGUCCUUGAUGAGCGGGGAAGCAGGUAUGCUCCAUCAAUCAGACACGCCUUCUUGCUCGGAUGAUUCUGAAGAUACUGACGCCAUUGAUCCAACGGGCAUAUACACUAUGGAAGAAUUCAUCACUGAGCAAAGUAUAUUGCACAAUUUUCUUGAGCGGAUCACUGUGAAGAUUCAAGCGAAAAUUGAAGGUCAACAAACUGGUACAUCUCGCCGCCGGAGUGGCAGCAGGAGGUUUGUUGGGAGAAAUCAUGAACAGGGCCAUGAACGGCUUGUUGCUGAUUUCUUUUCUGAAAAUCCCAUCUGUAACGACCAACUCUUCCGAACAAGGUACCGGAUGAGAAGACCCCUCUUUCUACGUAUCGUCCAUGCUCUAGGUGAGUGGUCUCCCUAUUUCACCAGGAGGAGGGAUGGUUUUUCUAGACAAGGGCUCUCACCUCUGCAGAAGUGCACAACGGCUAUUCGUAUGUUAGCUCGUGGAUCCCCUGCAGAUGCUGUUGAUGAAUAUGUACAGAUUGGUGAGAGUACAGCAAUGGAAUGUUUGGAGCGGUUCGCGGAAGGGCUGAUUGACCAGUUUGGCAGCGAAUAUUUGCGAUGCCCUACUAGUUCUGAUAUGCAGCAUCUGCUACAAAUUGGUGAGGAAUGUGGCUUCCCAGGUAUGCUGGGAAGCAUUGGUUGUAUGCAUUGGGAGUGGGAUGAUUGCCCACCUAAAUGGAUGCGUCGACUUAAUCAUAGCGAUUAUGGUGCGGCCACAAUGUUUCUUGAAGCUGUUGCUUCGCAAGACCUCUGGAUAUGGCAUGGUUUCUUCGGUGUUGUUGGGUCCAACAGUGACAUCAUUAUGCUCAAUCAAUCAUUGUUCUUCACUGAGGUGUUGAAAGGACAAGCUCCUCGGGUGCAAUUUUCCAUCAACAAGAGACAAUAUGAUAUGGGCUACUAUCUUGCUGAUGGGAUCUACCCAGAAUGGACUGCAUUCGUGAAGACAAUACCUCAUCCUCAAACAGAAAAGGAACGAUUGUUUGCACAAUAUCAAGAAGAGGCAAGGAAAGGUACCCAACGAGCAUUUGGAGUCCUGCGAUCACGGUUUCCCAUUGUUUGUGGUCCAAUACGUUUUUUCCAACGAGCUACUCUUGGAAAAAUCAUACAAGCUUGCAUCAUACUCCAUAACAUGACAAUUGAAGAUGAGAAAGACAUGGCAAGUGCUUAUUUGGAACCAAGUGAACCUUCAGGCAUAUCUGCUAUUCUACCAUCAAACAUAAACAAUGGCCCUGCCGAUUGCUUUGCCACUGUACUCCAGAGAAAUGAUACUAUUUGUGCUCAACCAGCAAAAAACCAAGUAAGAAGGGACUUAAUUGAUCAUAUUUGGCAGCAAUUUGGGCCAUCGAGCGAUGAGUGAAGUCUUCCUAGUUAAAACCGAGUCACAUUGUGCCCCACAAAAAAAAAAUUGAAUUACGCUGUCAUGUCCUUCAGUGGCGGAGCUAGAAAUGAAUCGAAGGGGGGGCUAUUUUUCCCUGACUAAGAACCAAGGAGGAAGAAGUAUGUUCCUCGCAGGUGGCGCUAGGGAUUGGAUCAACCACAAACUGAUUGAGAUUGAUGGGUUGCGGCAGCCAGAGUCCGAUUCAUCUCCCAACCGGCUGCAGACGCCGGCGACCGGCAGACGAUGGAGACCGUAGACCGGGGGGCGGGGGAUGACGAGGCGACAAGGCAUGAGCGGCGAUGCGCCAGUCACCUCGGCGCUGCGUGCCGUCUGCAAUUUCUAGCAUGGCUGCCAGUCUGGGUGAUUGGGUGUACACAAGAUGAGCCUUGAAAGCUUCAAUUUUGCAUAUAUCUAUGUAUAUACCUAUGUGAUUUUAUUUUGAUCUAAGGGGGGCAAUGGGCCUCUUUUGCCGACAUGUAGCUCCGCCACUGAUGUCCUUUGCUGGAUCAUUGGCAUGUCUCUUCUGUAUCUUAUUUAAAUUUCAUUAUCUUUGCCUCCAUUCAUAAUUGAUCAAGUUUGAUUUUGUUUA